AUGUCCAGAAAAAACCCUCCAAAUCUAAGCAAUAAGAUCAGUUCUAAAAUCGUUUCUGGCCUUCCAUUCAGUGUGGUUUAUGAUGGAUAUGAUGACCCUCCCAUUGAUAACGCUUUCAAACUAGUAAAUUUACCGUAUGAAAAGUUCAAAAAUCUUGGCAGAGUUGAGAAGUACGUUGAACAAAUGAAGUAUCUCUUUUGGGCCGUUGGCCAACCUCAAACGGGUAUUUCUACAAAUGCCUGUACUAAUAAUAUAGAUGCUGUUAUCGCUGCCAUCGAGAGAGGCGUCAAAAAUGCUAGUUUUAGAGAGGACACUCCACCCAAGUCAAACAUAUCAACUGAUGUUAAUGACGUUAUUGUAAUUGAUUCUGAUUCUGAUAUGGAGAUUUCAGCUGAGGAAGCUAUUAAUAGUGACAAUAGUGGCACUGGUUGGGUUGUCGACGUGACUGGAGAAAAAUAG